UGCAGGGUCACGUGACUGGUCACCCCGUUCAGCGUGUCCUUCAUCGGCUCGGGGUUCUUCCGCAAAUUAUGGCUUUCUACGCUCACCAGCUCGUCAGGAGGUUCUCGUCCUCGGCUGUCAGAAAUGUUGUCAUCAAACAGGUUACGAUCAUCGGAGGUGGACAGAUGGGUGCAGGAAUUGCACAAGUUGCUGCAUCAACUGGCCACAUGGUGACGCUGGUGGACACGUCCGAUGACAUCCUAAAGAAGUCUGUCAAAGGGAUCGAAGGAAGCCUUAAGAGAGUGGUGAAGAAGAAGUUUGCUGAUAAGCCAGAGGCAGGUGAAGAAUUCGUCCAGAAAGUCCUGAAGAACGUGUCGACCGCCACGGAUGCUGGAGCCGCAGUUCAGACCUCAGACCUCGUGCUGGAAGCCAUUGUGGAAAAUCUAAAAAUCAAACAGGAUAUUUUUGGUCGGCUUGACAAGCUGGCACCAGCACACACCAUCUUCGCCAGCAACACAUCCUCCCUACCCAUUACUGACAUCGCCAGCUCCACCAGCAGGCUGGACAGAUUUGGUGGCCUUCACUUCUUCAACCCCGUCCCUAUGAUGAAGCUUGUAGAGGUCAUCGGAACCUCAGCAACGAGCCAAGAAACUUUCGAUUCCCUCCUAAACUUCAGCAAAGCACUUGGAAAAACACCAGUGUCCUGCAAGGAUACACCCGGAUUCAUUGUAAACCGUCUCCUAGUUCCUUACAUGAUGGAGGCCCUCCGUUUGCAUGAGAGAGGCCAUGGAUCCAAAGAAGACAUCGAUAUUGCCAUGAAACUUGGUGCUGGUUAUCCCAUGGGACCCUUUGAGCUUUCUGACUAUGUAGGACUGGACACAGUGAAGUUCAUCAUAGAUGGUUGGAGUGCAGCAGAACCUGACAACCCACUGUUUGCACAGAGUGAACUGCUGAACAAGCUGGUUGCAGAGGGCAAAUAUGGCAAAAAGACUGGAGAGGGAUUCUACAAGUACAAGUAAUUGCUUGUGGCUGUGUAGCCUUCAUGUUCAACACAUCAGGGAAAGAAAAAACUAGCAAAGUGCCUGUCACAUCAACUUUUUCUCUCAGUCCAUUUCCUUGCUGACAUCCACCGAAAGACGCAUGAAUGUCUGAAUUCUAAUCUGAAUAAACAGAUUUUACUUG